AUGUCAACUAAAAGAGGUGAAUCGUCCAAUUUUGUGGAACAAAAUGAGGAAGAGACAUCACUAUUACUGGUAACAAAGAAGGAGAUUAUCAGAAAUAAGUGGUACUUAGACACAGAAUGCAACAAUCAUAUGACUGGUGUCAAGGAAGCUUUCUCAACCUUGGAUGGAACUUUUAUAGUCAAAAUAAGGUUUGGAGACGACUCGAAACUUCCAGGUAUGGGGAAAGGUCAGGUUAAAGUACAGACGAAAAGAAAUGAAGUACAUAUAAUUUCGAAUGUACUUUAUGUGCCACGCUUGAAGACUAAUUUGCUCAGCAUAGGGCAAUCACAAGAGGAAGGUUAUGAAUUGAAUAUAAAGGAUGGGAAGUGCAAAAUUCAAGAUGCUAAUCUUGGAUUAUUUGCACAAGAAUCUAUGAUGAAAGAGUUUGAUAUGAGUGAUUUAGGAAGAAUGCAGUACUUCCCCGGAUUAGUGGUUGUCCAGUCUAGUGCUGGUUUUUUUGUUUCUCAAAAGAAGUAUGCGAAAGAUUUAUUGCUCAAGUUUCAAAUGGAGAGGUGCAACCGGAUUUGUACACCAGUUGAUCCUAGCUUAAAGUUAGAUAAGGAUCCAGAAGGCCAAGUUGUAGAUGAAACCUACUACAAGCAACUAGUAGGAAGUUUGAUGUAUCUCACAACAACUCGGCCAGAUAUAAUGUACGUUGUCAAUCUUAUUAGCAGGUACAUAGACAAUCCUAAACAAUCUCAACUACUAGCUGUUAAGCGCAUUCUGAGGUAUUUAUAG